UGGCAACUUUGCUGGCUGCAUCUUUGCAAUUCUGCACCCCCUCCCUCUCCCCUCCGUCCCUCACAAAUUUUCCCUCUGAGACGAAGCUCUGCUCAGCAAGAACGAACUCCAGCUAGCUAGUUGAAUUGGACCGUCGUUUGUCUGUACCAUGCUUGGGUUGUCUUCUGCCUCCCUGGUGGUUGCCUUGUUAGCUGUUUCUCUCGACAAAAUUAGCUCGUACUGGACGGGAAGAGUAGCCGCUGAUGAACGCGUCGUAUUUUUCCCGACAGCAGGACGUCAGCUGAAUCAAACACACUGGGAGGUGCCAAUACAUGGAUGGAUCUUUGAGCCAGAACAAGAGAGCAAGAAACGCAAAGCCUUCUUGAAGGUCUUGGCCAAAUCUCUCAAGGUUUCAGACCCGGAGCAGAAAAGUAUUCUCAAUCGGAGGAUGAGACCCUUUGUGGUGGACAAUCAAAGCUACAAACGACCAAAGAUUACUCUUAGAGGCUCCACGUUUCGAAUGCCAAGAUCAAAGAAGAAUGGACACUUUACCUCCACUUUGAUUCUUCCGUGGAAUAGCAAAGAAGCGACAACAAUCCGUUACCAAGCCCUUGAUGAUACAGGUGGUACCAACAGACGUUUUGAAGGUGCUGUUCACCUGGUACCUCGCACGGGGGUUUCUGUCAUUUCGGAUAUCGACGACACAAUCAAAAUCACCAACUACCUUGACAAGAAGGCUUUCUUGAAGAAUACGUUUCUCUUGCCAUUCCAAGCAGUGCCAGGAAUGGCAGAGCUCUUUCAACAGUGGAAAGCGGACCACGAAAACUGUUGCUUUCAUUUCGUUUCAGCCUCGCCGUAUCAACUGUACGAAGAACUGGAAUCAUUUCGUCAAAGAGAAGGCUUUCCUCCAGCCACCUUUCACCUCAAAACGAUUCGACCAAAAGACAAGAGCAUUCUCCAGUUGUUCGCGGAUCCAGUGGAUUACAAACGUCAACACAUUGAAGGCAUCCUCAGGAGAUUCCCAAAACGGACUUUUAUCUUUGUGGGCGAUUCCGGGGAGAAGGAUUGCGAAAUCUAUGCUGGAAUCUACAAGGACUAUCCAAAUCAGGUACAACAGAUUUGGAUACGGAACAUAAACUCGGCAACUGCCGAACGUAUGAAGGGUGUCCCUUUUGAAAAGUGGCAGUACUUUGGGAAUGGAACCGAGCUGCUGAAAUGACUGCUUUCUAUCCUGCAGGAAAAGAGCAGACUCUUUGCUAAAAUCGUGUGACUCCUGACUACUGCAUGCAAAGAAUACCGGUAGCACCACUGCGAUCAGUGUUCAUACCAGUACUGGUACCCUGAAACAUCCUCGGGAUUCUCACAAGCUUCGCGACUGCAUAAAUCUGACGGGCGGAAUCACAACGCGGGCUAGCUAUAGCUACGGUGGGCGCAUGAGCCUAUUCAUUCGUUGCAGUUGUUGGGGUUGCGGUAGCCGCAAGGCGUUCUAGUAACAUGCAACUCAAUCUAUAAAGUUAUUAGCUAAGAAUAUAUAUCCAGAGCUCCGGGU